GGGCUCGGCGCGGCCGCGGCUAUAAGUGGUCGGCGUGGGCCUAGCUCCACGCUUAGCCGCGGGCUGCCGUUUUGUUUCCGGAGACGCGUACUGUCUCGCGGUGCUCUUGGCGGACCCUCAUCCCUUCCUGGAGGACCCAGAGGCCUUCUAGAAGCAGAAGGCAACUCUGCUGCUCUACAAACGAGUGGGAUCCUUUCAGCCAUGAAGCAGGUGUUGCAACUCUAUCUCUUAGGUGUGGUCCUGACCCUGCUCUCAGUUUUCGUUAGACUGAUGGAGACCCUGGGGGGCUUACUGGAGAGCCCAUCACCUGGGAGCUUCUGGACCACCAGAGGUCAACUAGCCAACACAGAGGCCCCAAGAGCCUUCCAGAACAUCCAUCCAGAGGAGUGUGAUAGGACCUCCCUGCACCGGCUAUAACCUUGGAAUACCGGCCUGACUACAUCCAGCCAGCUGUCCCAGUUCCUGUGCAGGCAGCCUCAGCAUCAGUGUUAUCAGAGAACUGUUAACUAGGCCUUUGAAGGGCCUCUCCAUUUGGAUACUCCUUGCUCUGGAAUAAGCCUGUUUAAUACACAGAUGUGAGUGUGUUGCCUGUGACUGUGGAAUGGAGCGACUGCACACUUCUCCCCAGAGUCUGCUGUAUGCUUUGCUGUCCUUGGCGGCAUGGCUCUGCCUCCUCUUAGAUGAAGGCUUGUGCUGCAACUUCAGCUUUUGGGAGAUGGUAUUAUUUUCAACCCUGUUUUCUAAGCAUCUGCCAAGAGGACCUUUGGACUUGGAUGUCUCGUGGUCAGUUUCUUUGAUGUUCAGCUUCUCUUCCAUGAGAGCUCCUCUAUGCAGAUAACAGCUGAAGAGGUGUGUAGGUGGGCUGUAGGCCUGGAGGGGUGGGGGGGGUUGGGGAGGUGAGGUAUUCAGUGUCUCGUUUUCAUUCUGUAUUUUUAAGUGUUCUCCUCCAGCAUAGCGUGUAUUGUGUAUUGGUCUGGAGGGGCAGUAGGAUGACAGUGCCUGCAGAGGACAUGGACAUUAUGGCCACCAUGUGGCUUAAAUUUUUUUAAUGAAAUAAAGUUGAAUGUGUUUCA